AGGUGUUGGCCCGGUGUCUUCCUGUCAAUCUAUACAUGUACCUGCUGACUGUUUAUAAUCUUAUUGAUGAUGUUGUACUGUGUUGUGAUCAAGAUCCUGACCCACCAAAGAGCCUGGAAAGUUGUUUUUUGCUCUAUGUUACAUAAUUACGUAUCUUACGUAAUCACUGCAUCAGUAAACUAAGAUGUUGUCUGCCUCUCUCACUCACAGUGAGGGAGGCUGUUUUCUGGGGGAAAGUUCAUUGAAGUCUAAGUCGGGAGGUCGUGGUAAUUUUUUGCAAGACAGUAACUACAACAACAAAAUAGUGGAAGGAGACAAACACAUGUAGAAUGAGGAUGUGGAGCCUUCAGAGCCUGCUGUUCACCCUCUGCGUUGCUCUGAGCUGUGUGACCAGAGCAGCAGGGUUGAUCCAUGUCUAUGGAUAUGAAGGGAGAGAGGUUGAUGUUCCUUGUCCCUAUGAAGAGGGAUAUGACUCUUAUGUGAAGUACCUGUGCAAGAACGACUGUGCCUACGAGGAUGUUGUUGUCAAGACAGAGGGAGCAUGGGAGAGCAAAUACUCCAUCAGAGAUGACAAAACAAGUCGAGUGUUCACAGUGACCAUCUCUAAGUUGAGUCGUGCAGAUGCUGGCAAGUACUGGUGUGUGGUGGAAAGGAGUGGAAAGGACAUCUACAGUGAAGUAAGGCUGGAAGUAGAACAAGACACCUGCUGUGACCAAUCCAUCACACUCCAAACUCACGAGGGAGCUACAGCAUCCUUCGAUUGUCCAUAUGCGCCUGCGGACCAGAACAACCUGAAGUACGUCUGCCGAGGAAACCUGAGCUCCACAUGUCUGCAGCAGGCGUUGAUCAACUCUACCAGCCAGCAAAGUGGAAGGUUCAGGCUUCAGGAUGACACGAGGGUGAAGACAUUCAAAGUGACGAUUAUCAGCUUGAUCCAAGCAGAUUCUGGGCGGUACCUUUGUGGUGUGCACAGAGACACCGGCCUGGAUGUUUUCACUGCCGUUGACCUGCAAGUCAAAGAGUGGUGCUGUGUAAAGUCAGAGAAACUGAGCGGCACCGUGGGAAGUCAAGUGACUGUGAGGUGUCCCUAUCCACCACAACACAAGGAUUACAGGAAGUUCCUCUGUAAGGGUGACCACCGAAAAGACUGCACAGACAUGACAAGUCAGAGCAGGUUCAUGCCGCAAGAUCAACUCACCUCCAGCGUUUUCUCAGUGACAAUCAAAGCGCUGAAAACAGGUGAUGCUGGGACGUACUGGUGUGUGUCAGACCCACUGUGGAGACCCGCUAACUACACCAAGAUUCAGCUAUCCGUAGACUCUCACGUGCCGGGCAGCACUAUGAUCCCUCACACCACUGUGGAGGAGCCUGUAAGAUCACAAGCAUCAGUCGGCAUCCCUGGAACACCUGCCAUAGAUGCAAAGAAGACCCAUCUUGUGGUUUUCAUCGUGCCCGCUGUGGUGCUCGUACUAAUGCUUGCUGUCCUGGUCUUAGUUUGGAAAUUCAAAUGUCACAAAGUGCAAGAAGCCGAAGUCGCCGACAGCGGCAACAAAACCAAGGCAGCGCGAGCAGAGAAAGUGAUCCAAGCAGAAGACAUUUAUGCAAAUCAAGACGUAGUGUGCAUGAACCAGGGCAACUCCUAUGAUCACUAUGACGAUGCAGGUGAUGAGUCUGUGUAUCAAAACACAGCAGAUGAUGUCUACUGUAACCAGUUUCCAAUGAAAGCCAGGAGUAGAAUCAAGAUGUGGAGCCCUCAAAACCUGCUGUUCAUCCUCUGCAUUCCUCUGAGCUGUGUGACACACGCAGCAAAGACAAUCGAUGUGUCUGGCUACGAAGGGACAACAGUCACAGUGUCCUGUCCCUAUGACAGGGGAUAUAUGUCUAAUAGGAAGUACCUGUGCAGGAAUGACUGUGGCAGUGACAGUGAUGUUCUGAUUAGCACGACGGAGGCGAAGAGGAACAAAUACUCCAUCCGCGAUGACAAAGAGAAACAAGUCUUCACCGUGACCAUCCCUGAUCUUCGACGUACGGAUGCUGGAAAAUACUGGUGUGGCGUGUCCAAAUUUGGAUUUGAUGACUACCCUUCUGAAGUAAAAGUGAAAGUUGAGCCAAAGUGGUGCUGUGUGAAGGCAAACAAACUGAGCGGCAUCGUAGGACGUCCACUAACUCUGCAGUGUCCCUAUCCACCACAGCACAGAAGCCACAGGAAGUUCCUCUGUAGGGGAGCCCAUUACAGCAACUGUACAGACAUGGCAACGAGUCAAAGCAGGUUCUCAGUACAAGAUCAUCUCUCAUCAAGCUCUUUCAUGGUGACGAUCACAGAGCUGGAGGCAGGUGAUGUUGGGACAUACUGGUGUGGGUCAGACCCGCUGUGGAGACCCGAUAACUACACCAAGAUUCAGCUAUCAGUCGUCUUCCCACAGCAGAGCAGCACUGUGACCCCUCACAUCACUGUCGGGUUCCAAUCAACACUCGUGCCCGGCGACCGUAUCAAAGAUGUUACAUCCAUGCACGCCGUGGUUCUUGGCGUGCCUGCCGUUGUCCUGUUGAUACUGGCACUCGCCCUGGUCAUGGUUUAUAAAUGCAAAGCAGGAGGACCUGGAGUCAACGUCAACAGGAAAAUAACCAUGGAUACGACUACAAUUUAUGAACUUGACGAUGCUGCAGUUUACUCAAACAUGGGCCCCUCCAAGCAGGUCGAAGAUCAACAAGAGUCUGUGUAUCAAAACAUCACCUUGACAGAAGGUAUCUACUGUAAUGAAUUUUAGUUUAAAGAUCAUGCUGAUAAAACCUUUUAAGUAAUACAUUAAGGUGAAGAAUACAAUAAUCUCUUUUCCUUAGAAAACAUUGUUAUCAUUGUCAAAAGAUAGUUUUAAAAUGUCUGUCGGGUCCACAAUGAUUGUUUGGUUCAUUGGCUCCAGCUCCUAACAAGGUCCUUCAGUCAACAGAAUAACACCACUGGUAUCACAUGGGUUCAGUGUUUCGUCAGGAUCAAGAGUCUUAGUAGUUGCCAGUUUGUGGAAAGAAAUGUCAUAAUGACUGAUUUCAUACAGUGUGUGGCCGGCAUACUGUAGCUACUGCCCUUACAUUUGCCAGGUACCAUUAACAUUCAGUUCGUAACACCACCCAUGUUAGCUAGUGCAACAACCUGGCAACCACUUGAGGGGGCAGAUAAACAACAGCGAUGUUGGAAUGUAGGAGAUGGAAUAUCACAUUUAGUGGCUGAAUGUUUUCAAUAAGAUCUUUAAUGCACUUGCACUGCUUCUUUAAAAGUACAGAUGACUGUAUAAUCUAAAUAUCCCACAUGUGUUUUGGCAGUGUAUUUGCAACUUUUCUAAAAGUAACUAAAUAAACACACCACUAAUAAUCAGUGGUGGAAUGACACAUUAUCAGCACAGUGUCAACCGUUUUUUGAAAUGAUUGAGCAGUUCAACAUAAUUCAUUUGAAGACAUAAAGUACUGUGGUGUAACUCUGGGCUGUUGAAGUGCGUUUGUUGGGGACUGUUUUUGUUUUUUGGCAGCAGGGAGUGUAUGUAAGUUUGACUCAAAAUCAACUAGUGUGUGUGUGUGUGUGUGUGUGUGUGUGUGUGUGUGUGUGUGUGUGUGUGUGUGUGUGUGUGUGUGUGUGUUUUCCUGGUAAGGAAGAGAAAUGUUAGCCAUUGCGUGACAGUGCCUGUGACUGCCUGAGUCCCUGAAUCUUAAUGACACAGCAUUUGCCAGUUUGUUGACUCAUCACCUCAUGUCUCUGGGAACAGUCUUUUUGGAAGUCUUUCUCAGCUUUAUUACUCAACACUGAAACGUUUUUCUUAGCAUUUAGCUAAAACUCUGUUCCAACAUAGAGUUCCUCCAGUGUGGGUAAGCAAACCUCUAGCGGUUCUAUGGAGUACCGACAGGGCAGAUGAGAUUUGAAAUCAAAAUAUCUG